AACUCAACACUCAUAUUUUCUCACACAAUACUCUCAUGAAAUCAAUAUUUUCUUCAAACGAAAAUGGCCCAAACAAAAGCAGGGAAGAAACCAGCAGCCUUAAAAAAACCAUCAACAUCAUCAUCAUCAUCAGCACCACCACCGGCCGAAAAGAAGCCAACGAAGGCCGGAAAAAACCUUCCGAAAGAAACCAUAUCGAGUAGUGUGAAUGUAGACAAGAAGAAGAAAAAGGUGAAAAAGAGUAGCGAAACGUACAAAAUCUAUUUGUUUAAAGUAUUAAAACAAGUGCAUCCUGAUAUAGGUAUAUCAGGUAAAGCAAUGGGAAUUAUGAACAGUUUUAUAAAUGACAUUUUUGAAAAACUUGCUCAAGAGAGUGCUAGGCUCGCGAGAUACAAUAAGAAGCCGACUAUUACUUCUCGUGAGAUUCAAACGGCUGUUAGACUUGUUUUGCCUGGUGAGCUUGCGAAACAUGCUGUUUCUGAAGGUACUAAAGCGGUUACAAAAUUUACGAGCUCUUAGAGAUAUUGUGGUUGGAUAUAUAUAUAUGAAAAUAUUCGGUUCUUAUGGAAAUGUUUGAUUUGGUUCCUAUCUGAAUCUUUCAAUUCGGUUAUUGUUUUGUUUACGAGAUCUGGAUAUCUUAUU